AUGCGCUGGAUAUUUCCCGUUCCAGUUCUCCUUAUGUCCUGGUUCGGAGUGGAGCAAGUGAAAGGAAACUCGUGCAUCAGGACUGCAUUGUGGACACUAAGUCUGAGUCCCCUUGUUCAGGCGGAAUGCCAAACUCGAACGAUAUACUGUUACGAGUGUGACAGCUGGACGGACGCGCGGUGUAAGGACCCUUUCAAUUACACCGCUUUGCCCCGCGAUCAGCCUCCACUUCAGACCUGCAACGGCUGUUGUGUGAAGAUGGUGCGCUAUUCUAAGAGCCCAUACGAAGUGGUUCGUCGAACCUGCACUUCUCAAUUGCAAAUAAACCUCUUCAUGGUCGACCACGUCUGCAUGAUGGAAAGUACAGGCACAGGUCACAUGUGUUUCUGCGAAGAAGAUAUGUGUAACGGCGCAUCGACAGUCGAUAAAACUCUGGCAUUGACAGCACUAGUGUUGCUAGCAUGUGCAUGCUGCAGG